AUGAGCAUUAGGAAAUUGAAAGCUAAGGUCAGUAAAAGGUUUAACCUGAUAGCUAGUGUUGGAGAAUGCAGAAAUGCUAGGAAAUAUGCAUUUCAGCAGAUAGAAGGUACUUUAAUAGAGCAUUAUGCUAAAACAUGGAGUUAUGGAGAAGAGCUAAAAAGGACAAAUCCUAGAUCAAUAGUUAAGAUGGAAGUGGCUGUGAUGCCUGAUGGAGAAACAUACUUCUCAAAGUUUUAUGUUUGUUUAAAGGGUUUGAAGGAUGGAUGGAUAGAGGGUUGUAGGGCGGUAAUUGGAGUAGAUGGUUGUUUCUUAAAGGGAAUAUGCAGAGGUCAGUUGCUUGCAGCCAUUGGGAGGGAUGCAAACAACCACAUAUAUCCUGUUGCAUGGGCUGUGGUUGCAGUAGAAAAUAAAGAAUCAUGGAAGUGGUUUCUUGAUCUUCUAAUUGAUGACAUUGGAAUGGGAGUUGGGCAUGGACUAACCAUAAUAUCAGACCAACACAAAGGAUUAGUUGAAGCUGUGAAGGAAAGGGUUCCAGCUGCAGAGCAUAGGCAAUGUGCUAGGCACAUAUGUGCUAAUUUCCAAAAAAGAUUUAAGGGGAAAAUGUUUAAGAAACUGUUUUGGAGAGCUGCUGGAUCUACAGUUCCACAAAAAUUUGAAUACCAUAUGAAUGAAAUCAAGAAGCUGGAGCCACUAGCUUAUGCACAUUUGAUGGAAAGGGACCCUAAAACAUGGUGUAAAGCAUUUUUUUCAGCUGCUAGGAAGAAACCACUUAUUACCAUGUUAGAAGAAAUCCGGAUUUAUGUAAUGGAAAGGUUGUGUAUAUACAAGGCCAAGGGUCAAUCUUGGGAUUUAAGCAUAUGUCCUUCUAUAAGGUUGAAGUUGAAUAGGCACAAGGAAACAGAAAGGUUUUGGCAAGUGGUACCUUCUGGGUAUAUGCAAUUUGAGGUGAGGGUAGGGACUGAAGGGUAUGCUGUAGACCUGAAUACUAGGCAAUGUGGAUGCAGGGCAUGGCAGUUAGCAGGGUAUCCCUAUGUGCAUGGAUAUGUUGCCAUUUCUAGCCUCAAUAGGGACCCUGAGGAGUAUGUGUCAGAAUGGUUUACUACAUCAAUGUAUGCAAGUUGUUAUAGGGAAAGAGGACAUAAUAGAUCAACAUGUCCUCAAAGACCAAAUGAUGUACCAUCUACUUCAGGUUCUAACAAAAAGAAACCUAAGAAACAAGGUAAAGUAGACCUUGAAGCUGAAUUGGAAGUGGAACAUGUUGUCAUGUUUGAAAGUGAAAGUGAUAGUGACUUUGAAAGUGAAAGUGAUGUGGAAGCUAAUGUUCCUGAAGUUGAUGUUCCUGAACCUGAUGUGGAAGCUGAAGUUGAUGUUCCUAAAGUUUAUGUGGUACCUGAAGUUGAAGUUGAUGUUCCUUUAGUCCAAGAUAACCUUGUAGGGGAGAUUCAAGAUGACAUUCAAGUUGAUGCUAACAUAGAAGAUGAGAUUCAAGCUAACAUUGAAGUGGAACAUGAAAUUGAAGUUCAAGAUAAUGUGGAACAUGAUAUUCAACACAAUGUAGAAAAUCAAGUUAGGAACAGGACAAGAAAAACUUCAGAAAGACUCACAAAGAUUCAGUUAAGGAAGAACAUAAGGAGGAAGGAAGCAUUACUAACCACCCACUGGAGAUUUGAAUUCAAUGUGUUGUUUUAUUUUGCAUGUUUUGGAAUCUUGGGUCUUGUAAUAUCAUUUGGCACAAUAGGACAAACUUGGCACAUCUUUGGGAAUGUUUUGAUACUUUAA